GCCUUGGUCUAUACCGAGGAGAUGGGCUGCAUCUUCAGGAGACGCAUUUUUCGUACCACCUUCCAACUUUAAGGGGGCUUUUUAGCUUUUGGUUUGCUUUCCGUUUCUGGAAAAAAUCUGAAUCAUUUUAUAACCAAAGCCAGCUGCUGCACAAGUCUAUGCAUGCGUGCGCGCGUGUGAUUGUGCGUGUAUUCGUUUGUAUGAGGAAGAGGGAAAGAGUGUUAGAGUAUCUGAUCGCGUUGCUCUCCAAAAAGGAAAGAAAGAAAGUGGGGGGAACGCUUGGACUUCAUUUUCUUCCCGAAACUUUUUUUUUUUUUAGGAAUGAACGCAGAGACGUGCGUUUCAUUCUGUGAGAUGACAUCCAUGGAUUCAUAUUAUAGCCCAUCUGCACCGCAAGGAAGGGAUCACCAGGCGAACCCUUUCAGGACAUUCCAGGCGAGUGACACCAAAUACAGCCCCGCUUUCCUGACCCACAAAGGUCAGGCGUACGGGGAAAGAUCUGGGAGCCCGUUCCAGCAGGAAUGCCAGUCAUUGGAUGCCACUGCUGGGGAAGGCACCUUUAACAAAUACCACCUCUUCAUGCAGAAGUCCUCCGGCAAAACUCCCCCAGACAGCAGCAAACUCCAGCAGGAAAGCGGACACAACGGAGGACUCAUCGCGUGUUAUGGUAAGGAGAGCACAGGGCUGACAGAUUCUGAGUUGCCCCAAAACAGUGAUCCUGCAGGGAUGGAUGGCAGCUACCUCAGCGUAAAGGAGUCAGGAGUGAAAAGCCCGCACCAGUCAAACUCAGAAUUGGCUUCUCCAUUGGACAAGGCUGAGGGAGAGAGCAACAAGGGCAAGAAAAGACGCAACCGUACCACCUUCACAAGCUAUCAGCUAGAGGAGCUGGAGAAAGUCUUUCAGAAAACACACUAUCCCGAUGUCUACGCCCGGGAACAACUCGCACUGAGGACUGACCUGACAGAAGCUCGAGUACAGGUGUGGUUUCAAAACCGCAGAGCCAAGUGGCGGAAGAGAGAGCGGUUCGGACAGAUGCAGCAGGUCCGGACACAUUUUUCCACGGCCUAUGAACUGCCCCUUCUAACUCGGCCUGAGAACUACGCUCAGAUUCAGAACCCUUCUUGGAUAGGCAGCAGUAGUGCAUCAUCUCCGGUCCCUGGCUGCGUCGUACCCUGUGACUCAGUCACUUCCUGCAUGCCUCCACAUCCACACGCUGCUAGUGGAGUGUCUGACUUUUUGGGGGUGCCCAGUCCUGGAGGUCACAUGGGACAGGCACACAUGGGCAGCUUGUUUGGGAGUCCAGGCAUGAGCACUGGCAUUAAUGGGUAUGAUCUAAACAUGGACCCCGACCGGAAAUCCUCCAGCAUCGCGACACUGCGAAUGAAAGCUAAAGAACACAGUGCAGCCAUCUCUUGGGCUACAUGACAUUAUCUCUGAAGUCCCUCAACAAACAAGAGAAGGAUGAGCAAAUGUGAACACGAGUUAGCCACAAAAGCAUGAACUGGGAACAAGGAGUGCGUGGACUGACAAAGAAAAUAAGUAAUAGAGAUACCGGGAGAUUUAUUUGGAUUUGAAGUCUAUAGAGACAAGAGAAAAAUCAGAGAUCAUAAAACUGAUAAUGUUCUGGCUUUAAAACAAGAAAGAAAUAAAAAGACAGAAACUUGACAUCUGAAUGCAUGAAAGAAUUAAACGAAUAAAAAAUGAAUAGGGGGGAAAAAAA